UUUUUAUUCUCUUCUUAGUUGUUUGUCCCUUCCUUCUUUGCCUCCUUCCUGCCUUUUUCACGGCAGUAUCCAUGAGUACACAUUUCGGCAUCUGUACUUGCCCCAGUUGCUCGAACGGUGUGUUGGCAUUGCAUACUGUAUUAUGAUGAGCUGUCAAUGUAGCUUGUGGAAUUGCACUACGAAGCAUAAUAGCCCUUCCCUCAACACCUAUAACAUCCGUUGAGCCUUCAGCGACAUCAAAUAUGGCACUGCCUGGCGGCGAAAGCUCAUUACAUCACCCCACACACACACAUAUGGACCAGACUACUGGGGCAGCGGUUGACAAAGGAGAAAGUUCGGAUACAAUUGGAGCUGAUUCGGAGGAUGGCAUCGAGCACGAGGGACAGGCCAAGAUCACUACAUUGGCACGAACCCUGUCGCGUAUCUCUCAGACAAAUGGCGGCACCGAGGGCCUCAACCCGUUUCUUAAUACUAUUGACCCCGAAUUGGACCCGAACUCGGACCAAUUCAACUCUCGAAAAUGGACCAAGAACCUCCUGCACAUAACCUCGCGCGACGCUGAGCGCUAUCCCCGUCGCACUGCAGGGGUCUCGUUUCGGAACCUCAACGCAUUUGGUUAUGGAACGGCAGCUGACUAUCAGGCUACAGUAUCGAAUGUCUGGCUCAAAGCAGUGGGUUGGUUCCGAGGUUUAUUCGGCAAUGGGAACAAAGUUCGGAUCGAUAUUCUACGCAACUUUGAGGGUUUUGUCAACAGUGGGGAAAUGCUGGUGGUUCUAGGCCGACCUGGGAGUGGUUGCUCGACCUUCUUGAAAACCAUCGCUGGUGAAAUACAUGGACUGUGGCUGGAUAAAGGCACUGAUAUUCAGUAUCAGGGGAUCUCAUGGGACGAAAUGCAUAGUCGAUUUCGUGGAGAGGUGAUGUACCAGGCUGAAACAGAGAUUCAUUUUCCACAGCUUACUGCCGGGGACACUCUUCUUUUCGCGGCACAGGCACGAGCACCAGCAAACAGACUCCCUGGUGUAAGUCGUGAUCAAUAUGCGACACAUAUGAGGGACGUUGUGAUGGCCAUGUUAGGUCUUAGCCAUACCAUGAACACACUAGUAGGAAACGAUUUCAUUCGGGGCGUCUCAGGAGGCGAGCGCAAAAGAGUUAGUAUUGCGGAGACUACACUUUGUGGGAGCCCGCUGCAAUGCUGGGAUAACAGCACGCGAGGGUUGGACAGUUCGACUGCUCUUGAAUUUGUCAAGAACCUACGCCUAUCCACGGAUUAUACUGGGUCCACGGCAAUCGUGGCAAUAUACCAGGCGAGUCAAGCUAUCUAUGAUGUAUUUGAUAAAGUCAUUGUUCUUUACGAAGGCCGCCAAAUAUAUUUCGGCCGGGCCUGUGACGCAAAGCGGUUUUUUAUCGAAAUGGGUUUUGACUGUCCGGAAAGACAGACUACUGGAGACUUUCUAACAUCGCUGACCAGUCCGACAGAGAGGCUGGUUCGUAAGGGAUAUGAGCACCUGGUCCCUCGUACACCUGAUGAAUUUGCGGCGCGAUGGAGGGACAGUCUGGAACGAAAGCAGCUCCUCACAGAUAUCGAGGCAUUUCAGAAUGAGUUCCCCUUAGGAGGAAGCAAGAAGGAGGAAUUCAGUCGUUCUCGCGCCGCAGAGAAGGCCAAGAACACAAGGGCUUCCUCCCCUUACACCUUGUCAUAUUGGAUGCAGAUCCGGCUUUGCCUUCAGAGAGGGUUUCUACGUCUCAAGGGCGAUAUGAGCAUGACAUUAUCAACGGUGAUCGGCAAUAGUAUCUUGGCACUAAUCAUCUCAAGUGUGUUCUAUAACUUGGACGAAACUACAGACAGUUAUUUCUCCCGAGGCGCAUUGUUAUUCUUUGCGAUCUUGCUGAAUGCAUUCGCCAGUGCCCUUGAGAUGCUUACUUUAUGGCAACAACGGCCAAUCGUCGAAAAGCACGAUAAAUAUGCACUUUACCACCCAUCAGCUGAAGCAAUUAGCUCCCUAAUUGUUGAUCUCCCAUCUAAGGCACUGGUUUCUGUGGUAUUCAAUUUGAUUCUUUACUUUAUGACGAACCUGCGUCGGACACCCGGGCAUUUCUUCGUGUUCUACCUGUUCUCUGUAACAACAACCUUGACCAUGUCCAACGUGUUCCGCUGGAUAGCUGCAGUUUCUCGGUCCCUGGCGCAGGCAGAAGUCCCCGCUGCAAUCUUUAUGAUGAUACUAAUGAUUUACACGGGCUUCACUAUUCCGGUCCGGGAUAUGCACCCCUGGUUUCGAUGGCUCAAUUACAUCAAUCCAAUCGCAUACUCGUUUGAAUCCCUCAUGAUCAAUGAGUUUGCUGGACGCAGGUUUAAUUGCACAACAUAUGUGCCUUCCGGUCCAGGGUAUGAGAAUGCGCCUCUUGACUCGAAGAUUUGCUCCGGAAAGGGGGCUGUGGCAGGCCAGGAUUAUAUACUUGGUGAUCGCUAUCUCAAAGUGGCCUUCGAAUACUACCCCUCGCACUUAUGGCGUAACUUUGGUAUUCUUCUAGGAUUCCUCUUCUUCUCGCUAUUGGCCUAUAUUGUCGCCAGUGAGCUUGUGCGGGCGAAGCCCUCGAAGGGAGAGAUUCUGGUUUUUCCCCGGGGCAAAAUACCCGCCUUCGCGAGGAAGGUCCAUCGGGAAGCGGAUCCAGAAGAUGUCCUCACAUCAGAGAAGCUGAAGGUUGGCAGUGAGCAGGACGAUCAUGUCGGUGCCAUUGUGAAGCAAACAUCAAUAUUCCACUGGCAAGACGUUUGCUAUGACAUCAAGAUCAAAGGUCAGGACCGUCGAAUCUUGGAUCAUGUUGAUGGCUGGGUUAAACCGGGUACCCUCACAGCUCUAAUGGGUGUGACUGGAGCUGGCAAAACCUCCCUCCUCGAUGUUCUCGCCAAUCGGGUGACUAUGGGGGUGAUCACUGGUGAGAUGCUAGUGGACGGGCGUAUGCGCGAUGACUCUUUCCAGCGCAAAACAGGCUAUGUCCAGCAGCAGGACUUGCACUUAGAGACGAGUACUGUUCGGGAGGCCCUUAUUUUCAGUGCUCUGCUCCGCCAGCCUGCGAGCACCCCACGGGAAGAAAAGCUAGCAUAUGUAGAGGAGGUCAUCAAGAUGCUCAAUAUGGAAGAGUACGCGGAGGCGGUCGUCGGCGUCCUUGGUGAGGGCCUCAACGUUGAGCAGCGCAAGCGGCUGACGAUCGGAGUCGAGAUCGCAGCCAAGCCGGAUCUUCUUCUCUUCUUUGACGAGCCCACCUCCGGUUUGGAUAGCCAGACUGCGUGGUCAAUAUGCUCCCUCAUGCGGAAGCUUGCUGAUCAUGGUCAAGCCAUUCUAUGUACAAUCCACCAGCCCUCCGCCAUCUUGAUGCAGCAGUUCGAUCGGCUACUAUUUUUAGCAAAAGGGGGCAAGACUAUCUAUUUUGGCGAUCUGGGCCCCAAUAUGAGAACCCUGAUUAAGUACUUUGAGGAUAAAGACUCAGCCAAGUGCCCAUCGAAUGCCAAUCCUGCCGAGUGGAUGCUUGAAGUCAUAGGUGCAGCCCCUGGCUCUCGGGCGGACAAGGAUUGGUCAGAGGUUUGGAAACAAAGCCAUCAGCGUGCUCAGGUACAACAGGAACUACUACAGAUGAAACAGGAACUCCUGCAGCGACCCCAGCCUCCUCGAACAGCUGGGUAUGGGGAGUUUGCGAUGCCACUGUGGGCACAGUUCUUUAUUUGCCUCCAGCGAAUGUUCCAGCAAUACUGGCGCUGCCCGUCAUACAUCUAUGCCAAGGCCGCCAUGUGUAUAAUUCCGCCUUUGUUUAUCGGCUUCACGUUCUGGAGGGAACCCACCAGUAUACAAGGCAUGCAAAACGAAAUGUUUUCCAUUUUCAUGCUGCUUGUCAUCUUCCCCAACCUCGUUCAACAAAUGAUGCCAUAUUUUGCGAUGCAGCGCUCUUUAUACGAAGUGCGGGAGCGUCCAUCGAAGGCCUACUCAUGGAAAGCAUUCAUGCUCGCAAGUAUUGUCGUAGAGCUCCCAUGGAACAUGUUGAUGGCUGUACCUGCGUACUUCUGUUGGUAUUAUCCUAUUGGCCUUUUCCGCAACGCCUAUCCGACAGACGCGGUAACAGAGCGUGGUGGCACGAUGUUUCUUCUCGUCUUGAUUUUUAUGUUGUUCACGUCCACUUUUAGCUCGAUGAUUAUUGCAGGCAUCGACCAUCCGGAAACCGCUAGCAACAUCGCUCAACUAAUGUUUUCGAUGUGUCUUAUCUUUUGUGGUGUGCUUGCGACUCCAGACGUCCUCCCUCGGUUUUGGAUAUUCAUGUGGCGCGCAUCGCCGUUUUCCUACCUCGUGGGUUCCGUCUUGGCGGUUGGGAUAGCCAAAGCUCCAGUCCAUUGCUCGGAUAUCGAGGUGCUUCAUAUACCACCUCCCGGAGGCCAAAAUUGCUCGGGCUAUCUCGAAGCCUUUACCAAGAUGGCAAAAAGCACCUUGCUCAAUCCCGAGGCCGACAGCGACUGCCAAGUAUGUGCCAUGUCCAUGACGGAUCAAUUCUUGGAGGGGGUGCAUAUCAAAUACUCGGAGCUGUGGCGUAAUGUCGGGAUCUUGUUUGUGUAUAUCGUUUUCAACACGGUAGCCGCAAUCUUUUUGUACUGGCUGGUCCGCGUACCGAAGAAGAGGGCUCUUAAAAAGGCCAAGAAGGAAUGAAAGCCCAAAAAACUCGAGGCCGCGGGGGAUGAUCAUAUCAUUUAAUCCCUAGUUUCUGUAGGUUGCUAGAGGAGGUAAUUGAGGGGGCUAGAUAUAGCUAUUAGACGUGGGCAAUUACUUAUUCUACGUUCAAUGUAAUGUCUUUAGUGAAACAUCCCG